AUGGUGCCUGUGGCCGAUGGCCCUGGGAACAACUCUAACAGCUGCAGCACAGACAGGGGCACCCUGUCGCAGGCGGCGACCAUCGCCUCCAUCUGCCUCAUCCUGGUGCUGGGCCUGCUGCUCAACAGCCUGGCGCUCUGGGUGUUCUGCUGUCGCAUGCGCAGGUGGACGGAGACCCGCAUCUACAUGGUCAACCUGGUGGUGGCUGACUGCCUGCUGCUGCUGAGCCUGCCGGGAGUCCUGCACACGCUGGGCCAGGGGGUGGGGGAGGGCCCCCUGUGCAGGGUCCUGCAGAGCUUCUAUUAUGUCAACACCUACAUGAGCAUGUGGCUCCUCACAGCCAUCGCCACCGACCGCUAUGCCGCCCUGCACUUUCCCCUGCGGGCCCGGGCUUGGCGUGGCCCCCGCCAGGCUGCCCUCACCUGCGCAGCCCUCUGGCUGCUGGUCAUCGGGGCUGUGGCCCUGCCCGUCGCCUGGCUGCGUCCAGGGGAGAGCUUCUGCUUUGGGCGGGGUCACACACGGGGCCCCAAGGCUCUCAUCUUCUCCCUGCUCCUCUUCUUCCUCCCGCUGCUCAUCCUGAGCUUCUGCUCUAGCCAGGUGCUCCGGCGCCUCCACCGUGAGUGGACUCGGGCGCAGCCCCCGGCCACCACCCCCAUCCUCAAGGCCCUCUGCGUGGUGAUGGCCAACCUGGCCACCUUUGUGCUCUGCUUCCUCCCACUGCACGUGGCCUUGCUGGCCAAGCUCGUGGCCCAGUGGAUGAAUGCAGCCUGCCCCACCAUCCAGAGGGUGGCCACCUUUGUGCAGGUGGCCUCCCGAAUUGCCAACGCCAACUGCUGCCUGGACGCUGUCUGCUACUAUUUCGUGGCCGCAGAGUUCCAGGAGGAGGUGGGGGCCGUCCUCGCCAGGCCCUGGCCUUUCUGGGGAAGGAUGCCGGGUGCUCCUGCCUGUGACCAUCCCGACCUGGGCGCCCAGGGGGAGGCAGCGGAGGAGAGGGGCACAGGAGUGGGCCCCGCACAGCCCUGAAGCAGGAGGCGGGAGGCGUCCCGGGCCCCCGCGGAGCCACUCUCUUCCUGUUGCCACAGUGUCUGCAAGAAACAGCCUCCCUGAGUGCAGCCUGACUUGGGUGCUGGCUCAGAAUGAUGGGUCCCGGAGUCAGGGCUUUCCCUCUGCAAAUAGAAUUUAACCAAAAAAUCAAAGGACUGCCACCACACGGAUCUUUUCCCUCAAAGCCCAGCUUCUCGGGUGCUCUCUCCCUUGCCCAGCCCUCAAGCUCCGUGGUGCAGUGACCCCGUUUCGCCAGGUUGAACUCCGACCUCCACCCUCCACUCUCUGAGCUCUGGACGACCUGGAGAGGGUGUUACAGAGAACCAAGACAUUAUUUCUUCUGUCACCUCCAGAUCAUGAUAAGACACCAAGUCUACUGAAGUUCAGGGUCUCCCAAAGCCUCCAACCAUUGCAACAU